AUGAUUGUUAAACAAAAACCAACACAGAUUGACCCAAUGAAAACUAAUCGACUUAUCGUUGCAACAGUAGAAGAAGACUCAAGUGAACCUUUCGUUCAGGUGCUAAUUCCAUCGGGUCAAUUUGUAGACAGCAAAGGAGCACGUUUCACUGGCGAAGUCAAUGCUUUUAUGAACUUUGUUGACUCGAGGGACUUUUCAUCAAUUAAUACGAUGCCAGGUGACUUAACAUUUGAGAAUGAAGAUGGUAAUACGGGACCCCUGGAGACUUCAGGAAUGUUUCGACUUGGGUUUGAAAACUUAGAAGGCAUUGAGGUGAAACUAAUAGGCAGAAUCGAUGUAGCAAUCAGAGCAGACUUUAUUGACCAAAGCCAAGAUCCGCUUGUACAACUAUAUACUUUAGAUGAAAUUUCUGGUCGCUGGGAAAAUCCAACCAAACUUGAACAUGGAACGGAGAGACAAAAGCGAGACAGGUCAUCCUUUAAUACCACUUUCCUAGUUGGAAACAUUAUCAUUACGGAUAGAUAUUGGAUCAACUUUGACGAACCAGCUUUAAAUUACUGUUUUAUAAACAUGAGGAUGUAUACAGAUGCGAACUUUAGCACAGAGAUACCAUGGACAUCUUCUACUGACUUAACCGUAAUUGCACUUGGUUCAAGGCCUGGAUAUGGAUCAAAAUGGAGCAGGAUUACAACUGGAGGAAUGUCGAACAAGGGGAACUUACAGUCUACCAAAAACUGUAUUUUGACAGUGUGCGGAAAAACAAAUAUCCACGCCUACUUGUUUGCUGAAAAUGAAAACGGUGCCUUUUCAUCCUCAGCUAAACUAGGAGGGAUAAGUGCUCCAAAGUACACUGUCAUUAACAGCAUACCAGCAUUUACCGGUACAGGUCCUUCAACUACAACACACAACAGACCUAUCGAGACUAAUGCUACUUUAGGUGCUCCCACUUCCAACACAUAUGGACCAGUCUACCAUAGCGUAAAAAACGCCUUGUGGUCCUCAGUGCAAUGUCAGAAGGCAUCCCCUUCUGAUCCUCAUUACAGGUUUUAUAAGGAUCCCAAAUCAUUGUAUGAGUACUCAGUCUGUUUACUUGUACUGGUACUUCCAGGUUCACAGGUUGUACCUGUUUGUCCUAAAACACAAACACUUUGGCCGUUGGCAUGGUUUCCUGAAGCACCAGGGCAAUAUUGGGCGUGGUACAUAAAAGUGAGAGUGUUUGUAGGCAGUUCCGCAGAUGAAUCUUCAGUCAAAGCAACAUCAAAGGACAGUAGCACCGGGAAAAUUUAUGGCAUUCGUGAGGAUACGACUUCAAGUAAGACAGUGUGCCUGGAGUUUAAAGGAAGUGGUCCUACAUUUCCUCCGCCGGGGAAUGCAAUUACCCUUGUUGAAAUUGAUGUUCAAGGCACCGAAUGUAGCGUCAGCAAUGUUCUUCCCGCUCUUGCCAAUCUCCAAGAGACAUCAAGCUCACAUUUGUUUGCAUUCAAACCUCCCUUGCCAUCGACUUUUACUUUGGGAGGUGUUUCUACUGGUUUAUACUUUGCUGAUGAACCUGCUAUGAACACAGCUAAAGACACAUCAAAGGCAAGAUGUGAAUGCAAUAACAUGUCAGUGGGUCCAAAGUGUGCUUUUCCUAAGCCAUCGACAGGAGUUGGUUUAAUAGUAAAGUGUCAACCGACGCCAUCUGGAUAGGUCUUUAACAGCUGACAUUUAAAUGUCUACACCAUUGAACGAUUAUAGCGUGAUAUCAAAAAUGCAA